AUGACCAAGCAAAAAUGCACAGAAGUGACCCCGCUAUGUCCAGUCGAAGCAACCACCUACGGCUACUACCCCAACCUAGGCGGCAAUAUAUUUUUCGCGGUUGUGUACGGCAUAUGCGGGAUACUCCAACUAAUCUUUGGAAUCCGAUUUCGAGCGUGGACAUUCACAGUGGCGCUUUCCGUGGGCGCAUUACUCGAAAUGGCCGGGUAUAUUGGACGGAUUCUAAUGCACACGAACCCAUGGGAUAGCGGUGCAUUCAAACUACAGAUUGUGACGCUGGUGCUGGCACCCAGUUUCGUCGCCGCGGGGAUCUACCUCACUUUGAAACAUAUCAUUCUCUCGCUGGGUCCGGAGCACUCGCGUCUGCGGCCACGACUAUUCACGUGGAUUUUCAUCGGGUGUGAUAUCGGCUCGUUGCUGUUGCAGGCUGCGGGGGGAGGCGUCGCUGCGGCGGCGAACGAUCCGGAUACGUUGAACGUGGGGAAUGAUAUUAUUAUUGCGGGGAUUGUGUUCCAGGUUGUUACGAUGUCUGUGUGUGGGACUCUCGCGGUGGAUUAUUUCCUGCGGUUGUUUCGUAAAGGUUCGGGGUUGGCGGGAGAGAAGGCGUUGGAGAUGGGGAAGUCCUUCGAGAGGCGUAUGAAGUUGAUCAUCGUGGCAGAGGGAGUGGCCUACAUGACGGUUUUGAUCCGGUGUAUCUAUCGAAUCCCGGAGAUGGCAGGCGGAUGGGGCAAUGAUUUAAUGAAGGAGGAGGACGAGUUUCUAGUGCUCGAUGGCAUGAUGAUUGCCAUUGCGGUUCUGACCUUCACGACAUUCCAUCCGGGUUUCUUCCUUCCGUCGUUGCGGAAGGGUGCUAAAAGCAGCACAUGA